UAAAAACGGAAACGGCCGAAGCGGAGCCAACGAGUAAAACCACCCGGAGGCCAGGCCGGGCCAUACAGGCAACUGCGCAACAGAGGAGAAGGGGAAGGGCGGCGAGGGAGGCCUCCGCGUCGUGUCCCUUCCUCCUCCUCCUCCUCCUCUCUCCUCCGAUUCGCCAUCCAUCCAUUCCCCUCCAUUGUUCUUGAUUCGAUCCGGUUCCAGAUUCCCCGAAGGACGACACAAGGUUGGAGGAGAAGAAGAAAGGAUAGGGAUCCAUGGGAUGCUUUUCAUGCUGCUCCGUGGUGGACGACGAUGUUGGCAAGAGGAAGAAGCACGACGAUGACUAUGUCCCUCUCCCUGCUCAAGUCAAUAACUAUGGACCUAGCCGUCCCCCAGCCCCAACCUAUGUCACCCCCACAGGAAGAGCUCAGCCAAUUGCAGUGCCAGUCAUUCCCCUGGAAGAGAUGAAGGAAAUCACAAAGAACUUCAGCAAUGAUGCUCUUAUCGGAGAGGGCUCAUAUGCUAGAGUCUACUUUGGUGUGCUGAAAGAUGGAAUGAAAUCUGCGGUGAAGAAGCUUGACUCCAGCAAACAGCCUGAUCAAGAAUUCCUUGUGCAGGUUUCAGCUGUCUCAAGAUUGAAGCAUGAGAAUGUUCUUCAACUUGUUGGAUUCUGUGCUGAAGGGAACAUCCGAGUUCUUGCUUACGAGUACGCAACAAGGGGUUCAUUGCAUGAUAUCCUCCAUGGUAAAAAGGGUGUCAAGGGAGCCCAGCCAGGGCCAGCCCUGUCAUGGAUGCAGCGGGUGAGAAUUGCCGUGAGCGCAGCUCGUGGGCUGGAGUUCCUCCACGAGAAGGCAGAACCUCGCGUGGUCCACCGCGACAUAAAGUCCAGCAACAUACUGCUCUUUGACAAUGACGUCGCCAAGAUCGGAGACUUUGAUGUCUCCAACCAGGCCCCUGACAUGGCUGCGCGACUUCACUCCACUCGUGUUCUUGGCACCUUUGGUUACCAUGCACCGGAGUAUGCCAUGACUGGACAGCUUAGCACGAAGAGUGACGUCUACAGUUUUGGAGUCGUGCUUCUAGAGCUUUUAACUGGCCGCAAGCCAGUGGAUCAUACUCUGCCACGUGGCCAGCAGAGCCUUGUGACAUGGGCUACACCAAGGCUUAGUGAAGACAAGGUGAGGCAAUGCGUUGAUCCAAGGCUUGAUGGCGAAUACCCUCCAAAGGCUGUUGCCAAGAUGGCUGCUGUGGCUGCCCUGUGCGUUCAGUAUGAGGGUGACUUCCGCCCCAACAUGAGUAUCGUCGUCAAGGCCCUGAGCCCCUUGCUGCACAGCCGGUCGGGCAACCGGCCCUCUGGCUCGUCGGCCUCUACCGCCACCACCGCUGCAGAGCGCCCUGGACUGUGAUUCCUCGCUGCCAACGGUCGCCACGGAUGUGAAGAUCCCGUGAUGUGACGACAUGGGUUCGGGAAGGAGACCAUUGCAUUGUUGUGUCUUGACUCAAGAGUCUUGGCGCCGACUAGAGCCUCUGCGGCUUGUGCUGUACAUUGUUGCCAGCGAUCGAUCCCCUGCUUGUGUGCGUGUGCCUUGUCAUCAACAUGUUGUAGAAAACGGUGAGCGAUGGAUGGAUGAUAUACACUGUUUGGUCUCUUUUGGAAUGCAAAAAUGUAGCACUUGGCUUCCUCUAUCUGCAGUUUCUCUUUGCUCUGUCAUCUGGUAAAUUGGCCUUUUCUCUAGCAUAUGUAACAGAAAAGCACGCAAAAAAACUGAAUUACACUUCAA